GUUUGAACAGCUGCAGUAUUCUCGGAGAUAGCGAUACGCUGCCUAUGCGGGUCUCUCAACUGCAUACCUUCGUCGUUAUCGUCGUGAUGAGGCGGAAGCGGCUCAGCUGAGCCGGUCGGUGACGAGGACCUACACCGCAAGAGCUGAUUAAAGACAGCACCUGGGUCCUACGAACGUGAGUAUACCGAUCAGUAUUUGCCUUCACAACCCCUUCACGAUGGGUUCGAUCAAAGAACCGUCCUUGUUCUAUCAGAGUGUCCAACAGAGCGGACUACCAUUCGUUGCAGAAGCUUCGGGCAUCUACUACACUCUCAGCAAUGGCCAAAAGAUCAUCGACUCGACAUGCGGUGCUGCUGUCGCAUCGAUAGGUCAUGGUGACCGCAGGGUGAAGGAUGCGAUCAUCUCCCAACUUGACAAGGUCUCGUACGCCCAUCCGGGUUACUUUCAGAAUGACCCUUCACACGACCUCGCAGACGAAUUGGUUGCGACUACGAAGAGACAAAUGGCAAGAGCUUGCUUGACCGGGUCCGGCUCGGAAGCCAUGGAAAUUGCCGUCAAGCUCGCACGGACGUAUCAUUUGUCCAUGAGUCCGAAAUCCCCGCGCUCGCACUUCAUUGCAAGGGAAGGAUCCUGGCAUGGCUGUACAUUGGGAACUCUGUCCCUCGGAGACUUCAAAGGACGCAAGGCUCCAUUCCAGGAGCUUCUGAUGGACAAUGUGUCGCGAGUCUCGGCAUGCAAUCCGUUUCGUGGACUCCGGCAGGGUGAAAGCGAGGAGGAAUAUGUGCUGAGGUUGCAGGCGGAGCUGGAGGCGGAAUUCCAGCGGGUCGGUCCACACAAAGUGGCGGCAUUCGUCGUGGAACCUAUCGUAGGCACGACACUGGGCUGCGUGGCUCCGGUGCAAGGAUACUUCGAGGCAAUGAAGGAAGUAUGCGACAGACACGGGGCGCUUAUAAUCUUUGAUGAGAUUAUGUGUGGUUUGGGAAGGUCGGGCACCUUCCAUGCGUGGGAGCAGUUGGGUAUUGUCCCCGACAUCCAGACAGUGGGCAAGGGCUUGGGUGCCGGAUACUCAACGAUAUCGGCUAUCCUCUUUAACGACAAAGUGGUUGCAGGGCUGGAACAAGGUUCGGGAUACUUCGAACACGGCCAGACGUACCAAUGUCACCCAGUAGCCUGCGCUGGGGCACUUGAGGUACAGAGGAUCAUACGCGCUGAGAAUUUGGUGCAAAAUGUGGCUGUCCUUGGUGAUUAUUUCGGUCAGCGACUGAGGGAUCGAUUCCAUGACAACCAGUAUAUUGGCGAUGUGCGUGGCCGUGGGUUCUUUUGGUGCGUUGAGAUCGUGAAAGAUGCUUCAACGAAGGAGCCGUUCGAUCCGGCCUUGCAAAUUUCAAAGAGAAUGAGGUUGAGGGGCCUGUCACGCGGCUACGACGUGUGCCUCUUCUCGGCAGGGGGGUCAGUGGACGGACAUAGAGGUGACCACUUUCUUCUGAUGCCGCCUUUCAUUGUCCGCCAGGAUGAGGUGGAUGAGAUUGUCGAACGUGUCGGAAAGGUGGUGGAUAGUGUCAUGAUGGAAGUGGCCAGCGGCGCGCAGGGCCAAAAGAUAGUAGGGCUCUCUAAUAGUGCCUGAGAGAAUCGAUAAUGC